AUGUCGUUUGGGUUUGGAGUAGGCGACUUCAUCGCCGUCGGCGAGCUCUGCUGGAAGCUCUACAGCCAAGUCUACGAAGUCUCGCGCGGUGCGCCGGAGGCGAUCCAGAAUCUCAAGGCUGAGCUCGGAGACAUGCACCUCACAAUCAACAAGCUGGUCGAGGAUACCAAAGACCCGGACUCUAUUCUCGUUCAAUCCGGGCCUGACCGCCUCAAUCUCGCUUGUAGAGCUCUGGAAAAGACACAUGAAACGCUUAAGAAGCUCGAUGAUCUGAGUGGCAAGUACGAGCUUUUGCAAAAACCUUCGAGUAAUCUGGGGAAACGACACUUCUGGAAGCGAAACUACGACAAGGUCAAAUUUGCUGCCGAGUCCCACACGAUCAACGAUCUCAGGGCGAAGUUGGUGUUCCAUAACGGCCAGAUCAGCCUACUUCUUCAAAUGGUUCAGAGCUCAUCCCUGGAACGCAUUGAGAACAGGCAGAAGAAGACCGAGAACGCCCUUCAAAACAUCAAGGCCGCUCUUUCCGGAACCACAUCCUUGGGGCACACGCCGUUGCUUUCAGGGUUCAAGGGUACUGAUCAACAUUUCAUGACUAGGAAACUCAUGAAACAAGCAGAAAUCAAUGACAGGGCGUGGACCUCCAUCGGCAUACGCGACUGGUUACAAACGGGAAAAUGGUGGCUCCUCAAGGCCCAAUCGCAGAUUCACACUGCUACUCCAUCAACGCCAGAGUAUCGACAAGCAUGGGUGAACCUUAUCAAGGCCUCGUGGAUCCUCACUGAUAUCGUCGCUGUACAUCCACAGAGACAUUUUUUUGGUUCUGGCCACCAGGAACUGGACGUCCUUGACCUUGUCCAGGCUGUCAAAACUCAGCACGAAGACCUUGCAAAAGAAUCCGUCCUUCGGCCAACCUUGCGUGACCUUGAAGAUUCGACCUGGCAAAUUUGGAUGUCCACGCCAUCGACAGCUCUCUUGCCAACUUUGGGAGAUGGCGGAUCGAACUCCCGACAAUGGGGCACUAUCGGAGGAUUUAUCCUCCUCCAAAAGUAA